AUGCCCGUCGAUGCGGCACCGGCGAACACACGCACUCAUAGCGGCGGUUUCAAAACAUCGGAGGGCACUAUAUAUGUGUCCAAGCCGUUCCGCUCAAAGACGUCGAAGAAGCUUCGCGCGCUGGUGACAUUUGCGCCGAGGACGUCUGUGUUCGAUACGAAUAAUGCGACAUCGGGGCAGAAUGAAUUUCGGGGCUUCUUUUCGCUGUUCUGGGUGUCCAUAUUCCUCUUUACUAUCAGCACAUACAUUCGUUCUCUUGAAACCAAUGGCUACAUCCUCAACCUCCACUUCGCCACAAUGUUCUCGCGCGACGCCAUCACCCUUGCCAUAUCCGACGCCGUACUUGUCGCGAGCACGGCACUGUGUGUGCCAUUUACGAAGGCGAUAAGCAGGGGGUGGAUCAACUACUACUACACGGGGAUUAUCCUCCAGCAUACGCUGCAGGCGACUGUCCUAUUCACGACCGUUACCUGGACCUUCAACCGUCAGUGGCCGUGGGUCCAAUCGGGAUUCUUGACCCUGCAUUCCCUCGUCAUGAUGAUGAAGAUGCACUCCUACAUGACCGUCAAUGGCGAGCUCAAAUAUAUACACGACCAAGCGCAGAUUCUCGAAGAAGACCUGCGCAAGCGCACAGCACGUCUAGGCGGCUACGAGAAGGCGGUCGCGGACGCGAAGGCGCACAGGGCAGAGAUUGACUACAACGCAACGGCGACGAAUUCAUCGAAUACGAGCGAUCGCGAGGAGACGCCGUUGUCGAUGACGCCGCUGGCCCCGGAAGGGAUGCAGUCUUCGUAUAUGGACGCGUCGGCGGCGUCGGUCCUGCGCAAACGCUUGGUCGCUGCUGAGAAGCAGGGGAAUGGGAAUGGAACAACACUAUCAUCCUCUUCGGAAACUGGGAACGCGACAGUGACGACGGGUGGAGGAGAAGGAGCCGGCGCCCAGACUGGAGAAGCGCUGCACGUUCACCCCCUUGUUGACCAUCCUGACCAAGAGGUCUCUGCAAUGGCAGCUGAUCUGACGGAGCUGCGGACUGAAUUGAGUACGAGGGGACCGUAUCCCGUGAAGUGGCCCGAGAAUAUUACGCUGAAGAACUUUGCGGUGUAUCAGCUCGUACCGACAUUGGUGUACGAGCUGGAGUAUCCGCGAACGGAGAGAAUUAGGCCGCUUUAUGUUUUUGAGAAGACGGUCGCUACAUUCGGCACGUUCGCACUCCUGUACACCGUCACGGAGACAUUCAUACUCCCGCAUGUGCCGACAUUGAAAGAGCAAUCUUUCUUCCGCUCCUUACUUGACUUAUCGAUACCGUUCAUGAUGGCGUAUCUCCUGCUAUUCUUCAUUAUUUUCGAGUGUAUUUGCAACGGAUUUGCAGAGCUCUCUUAUUUCGCUGAUCGUGGCUUCUAUGAGGACUGGUGGAACUCGACCAGCUGGGAUGAGUUCUCCCGUAAAUGGAACAAGCCGGUGCACACUUUCUUGCUGCGACACGUGUACGCCUCGACGAUUACGAGCUACAAGCUCUCGAGAAGGAACGCGAUGAUCGUGACGUUCUUGCUGAGCGCCUGUGCGCACGAGCUCGUCAUGGUUGUUGUUACCCAGAAGAUCAGGAUGUAUUUGUUCUUGCUGCAGCUUGCGCAGAUACCGCUCAUUGCGAUUAGCAGGAUCCCGGUGAUCAAGAAAAACAAGUUACUGGGGAAUGUCGUCUUCUGGAUCGGCCUCUACGCUGGCUUCCCUUUGCUUUGCGUUGCGUAUUGUGCGUAUUGA